GUAAGCUUUGGUGGGGUCAUCAAAGGAAUAGGGCAUGAUGACGUCGGACAUUUUGGGAAUGGAAAGUAAGACUUUAAGGCUCUCGUCUGGGUGUUCUUUUGUGUACACCACUAUAUUAUAAUAAUGGGCGGCUUAUUUAGUAGCCUGUUUGGAAGACUCUGGGGAGAGAAAGAAGUUCGAAUCCUGAUUUUGGGUCUCGAUGGCGCUGGCAAAACCACUAUUUUGUACAGACUUCAGAUUGGAGAAGUCGUUACUACCAUUCCAACCAUUGGAUUUAAUGUUGAGACGGUGUCAUAUAAAAAUAUAAAGUUCCAAGUUUGGGAUCUUGGCGGUCAAACUAGCAUACGGCCCUACUGGCGCUGUUACUAUGCCAACACAGAUGCAGUCAUAUAUGUAGUCGACAGUGCGGAUAAAGACAGAGUAGAGACAUCCAAGGAGGAGUUACAUUCCAUGCUAGAGGAGGAGGAACUGAAGGAUGCUGCAUUAUUGGUGUUUGCCAAUAAGCAGGAUAUGCAAGGUGCCAUGAACGCAGCAGAAGUGUCUGAGGCACUCGGAUUAUCGACCUUGAAAAAUCGACAAUGGUCUAUUUUCACAACUAGUGCAGUGAAUGGUGUUGGAUUGAAUGAAGGUUUAGACUGGCUUGUCAAUAUCAUCGAAGGCAAGAAUAAGUGAAUUUGAGAAUAUUGUUUAAUUUUUAUCAUAAAAAUAUUUUUGAAAUGUUCAAGAAAUUUGAUCUGUCAUGUGAACGGACGUUGGUCUCAAACUGCAUUAAUCACCCCACAGUUUAAAU